AAACUCUCUGUCUUUUUUUUUUUUUUUUAACUAAGAGAGGAAGAAAACAGGAGAAAACAAAAAGAAAGCACUCUAUUACACUGUAGCAGAACCCAAAACUCGAGAAUAAUUUGUAGCAAAUGGCUUGAAUCCAGCACAACCAAUUCGCUUGCUUAACAGUUUCAGAGAUGGAUUACUGUCUUGGCGGUGAGAGUCCGGCAAUUCUGCAGCUCCACAAAUGGGGCCCUUCUAAGUUCAACAUCGACUUGUCGGAAUUUCGCGAGGGCUUUAUAUCACCGACCAGGGAGCUGUUGUUGUUACUGUCUUAUCAAUGUGAAGCCUUGCUCCUUCCUUUAGUUGCCGCAGGGGAAUCUUUCAAUAAUUGCGUCUCAGAACCUGUAGGUGAUGAAAGGCUUCAAUGUCGAUCUUCGGAAUUGUGUACUGAAUCUAGUAGGUCAGAUUUGAAGGAUGAUAUUCCAUGCUCUUCUGCAUCUGUAGGGGAUUUUGACAAUGGUUUUUCUCUUGAAAACGGAUUUUUGAGAUCUAAUAAUUAUGGUUUUGUUCAUGAUGUGAAUUCACUUGCUUGGGGUGUAUGUGGGGAUACUUAUAAUCAGCACAAGGAGGCUUCAUUUAGAGAGUUUCUAUUUGUGUCCAGCAGCGAUGGAGUUACAGUGCAUGCUUUUCGCAAGCCUGAUAUUGAUGGAGGAACAACUAAAUCUGCACUGGAGGGUGAAUUUGGGCAAGGGAGGUGGGUUGAUUGGGGCCCUUCCUCUAUGCCAGCUCAAUUUUUGAAGGUUCAGGACUCUUCCAGCUCGUGUUCUGAAAGCACUUCUACUGUCAUGGCUGAUGAAAGGGCUAAUGGAAAUAGAGGAAGUCUGCUAGACAUGGAUAAGGAAAGUGGGCCUGAUGAGUUGUCGAAAGGUGUUGCUUCAAAGAGGUGGUUGCGUUCAUUUUUCAUCGAAGUCGAGACUAUCAAAUCUGAGGGUAACAUCUGGACGAGGUUUCCAGAGAAGACAUCUUUUCCUUGCUCCGCAGAGGUUGUUUCCUUUAGUGUUUUUGACAGUACUUCACCACUUCUGAACCUACUUAAUCAAGACUGUUCCAUCGCAAAUAGGGAGGAGAGCAAGUGUGAAACCAUUUUCAAACCAGAGAACGAGACAGCUGCAACUGAGUCUGAUGAUUUGUAUGAUGAUUUUUGUAUUGGUUCAUACAAAUGCUCCAAAGUUUUCUCCAGCAAUUCUAAUGACCUAAUUGGAUUUGUCUUGACACUAGUCAAUUCUGCUUCUGUGAGUACUGGGAAUGAAAGUGAAAGAAGCAGGAAAAAAAGUCUACUUCUUGUUGGAAAGUUAGAUAGUUGGGGAAUCCAAUGGGUUUCCUUAGUGAAGCUUGUGCAAAGUGUACAUGUAGACCAUGUAUCGGAGUGGGCAGACUUUUGCUUUUCUGAUAGCCUUCUUGUUUGCCUAAAUACUUCCGGGUUAAUCUACUUUUAUGCUGCAAUGUCUGGUGAAUUUGUUGCAUAUAUAGAUAUUUUACGAGCUUCUGGAUUAAACCCUCAUUCAGGCCCAUGGAAGGGAGAAAAAGUGGCUAUGCCCGCUGAUUUACAGAUCAAACAACUUGAAGUUCAACACAAUUCAACCCCCCAAUGUGUUGAUUUCCUUGGAAAAAGAAUGUUUAGAAAGCUGCUUAUUGGAUCCCAUACAUCCUUGUUAGCUGUAGUUGAUAAAUACGGAGUAGUAUAUGUCAUGUCUACUGGUAACUAUUUCUCAAACAACCAUGAUGCUUAUGAUAAAUUGCUUCAGCAGUUUCAACAUUUAUGGCCUGGGAUGUUUGUUGGCUGGAAGGUUGGUGGUUCUGACAUAGGGCACCAAUGGGUAUACUCUAAUGAUCCAUCCACUACGAAUGAAAAAUUCUCCUUUUUGGAUUAUGCUGGAAAAAACACGCUUGAGAAAAUCCAAAACUUGAACCAUCAUGGGUGUGAAGACUUGUUAUUGAGUGGUUUUUCGGAGAUAGCUGUUCACACGUUUCAUGAUCGUGAAGCAAGUUCACACCUGGUGCGGAAAGUCUUUCUUCCCACAGAGAGAUUUAAUGAAGACGAUUACAUCUGUUUUUCACCUAUGGGAAUCACUCGACUCAUGAAGAAGCAUGAUGCCAAAAAUCACAGAACCACUCAAGUUGUUCAUUUUAAUCUGCACACAAGCUCAGCAGUUCAUGAUGAUAGAUGCUUGAAUAAUAGGGUUAACAAGUGUUAUAGCCAAGGGAAAGAAGCUCCUGUUGGAGAAGUAGUUGGUUGUAGCUUCCAGGGAUUUUUUUAUUUGGUGACUGAAGUUGGUCUUUCAGUUGUUCUUCCCUCUGUUUCUGCUGCAUCUGAUUUCCUUCCUGUUGAAACCAUUGGAUAUCAGCAGCGCACUAUCAAAACGGACAUUGGACAGCAAUUAAAAAAAAUGCUGGAAAUAGGAGAGUCAAUUGAACCCUUCUUACCUUGGAAAGUUGAAGUUUUGGAUAGAGUUCUUCUCUAUGAAGGCCCGGCAGAGGCAGAUCAGUUAUGUUUGACUAAUGGGUGGGAGUUGAAAAUCUCUAGGUUGCGGCGGCUACAGAUGGCAUUGGAAUACCUGAAAUAUGAUGAAAUUGAGCAAUCUCUGGAAAUGCUUGUAGGCAUCAACCUAGCAGAAGAAGGCAUUUUGAGAUUGCUUUGUGCUGCAAUUUAUCUGAUGUCUCAUAGAAAUAGCAAUGAUAAUGAGGUCUCUGCUGCAUCAAGGCUCCUUGCAUUAGCCAGCCACUUUACAACCAAAAUGAUCCGGAAAUGUGGGUCGCUCCAGCAUAAGAAAGAUGCAUACGUAUUACCGGGUUUUAGGAGGACCCGUUUACUUUCUCUUCCACCAGUUCUACCACAUAAAGUACAGAACAAAAUGGGGGACUCAAGAAGUCUUCAUGAAAUGGCUCACCUUUUAGAGAUUAUUCGGAAUCUUCAAUAUCGACUGAGCUCAAAAUUCAAGAAGACUGGCCUGAGAUUGAUGGAUGGUAGGGAGGAAUUAAGCUUGGUGGAGGCAAAUUUAUCACAGGACGAAUCUCAGCUUUCUGUUCUUUCAGCAGAUGCUGCAUUAUCAGAGACACCAAACCAAGAAGAACUUUUGGCUUCUGUGUCUUCUGUCGGUUCUAAUAAUGAGAAGCUUGUUUUGAUGUAUCAGGAUUCCUUGGAUUUCAGAACUCACUUGGAUAUAGAAGAUUCAAAUGGAGUAUCUGUUCUUGUGCCACAGGGUGGUAAUAUGGGAAAGAAAGUUUUUCCAUUUGAAAAUCCUAAAGAGAUGAUUGCACGAUGGAAAUUGGAUAAUUUAGACCUAAAUACUGUGGUUAAAGAUGCACUACUAUCUGGUCGUCUCCCUUUGGCAGUUCUACAAUUGCAUCUUCAUCGUUCUAAAGAUUCAGAAACCAGUAAAGAAAUGCCAGAUACUUUCAGUGAAGUUCGUGACAUUGGAAGAGCCAUUGCUUAUGACCUAUUUUUAAAGGGGGAAACUGAACCUGCUGUUGCAACGUUGCAAAGGCUUGGAGAGGAUGUUGCAACCUGCCUCAAGCAGCUAUUUUUUGGCACGGUCAGGAGAUCUCUUCGACUUCAAGUUGCAGAGGAUAUGAGAAGAUAUGGUUACCUGGGAGCAUAUGAACGGGAAACAUUUGAGAAGAUAUUACUCAUUGAGAGGAUGUACCCUAGCAGUAGUUUCUGGAGAACUUUUGUUGGUCAGCAGGAGGCACUAAAGAAAGCUACAUCAACUUUAAAUUCACCAGCACAAAUUAAGCUGCAGCUAUUGCCAUCAUAUACGUUUAGCAAUCUUACAAUUGAGUGUGGUGAAAUUGAUGGAGUAGUUUUAGGCUCAUGGACAAGCAUCAGUGGGAACUCUCCUGAUCCUGUGGUUGACGAAGAUACUGCUCCUGCUGGAUAUUGGGCUGCUGCUGCAGUGUGGUCUAGUGCCUGGGACCAGAGAACCAUUGAUCGUAUAGUUUUGGACCAACCUUUCAUUAUGGGUGUUCAUGUAUUGUGGGAAUCUCAACUAGAGUACUAUCUAUGCCACAAUGACUGUGAGGAAGUUUCCAAACUUUUAGACCUCAUACCCACAUCUGUUUUAUCGGAUGGAAGCCUCCAGAUCACUUUGGACAACUUACAGCGUGCUCCAGAGGUUGGAUCCAAUUGUGAAUUUCCUGAGUACAACAGUUACAUAUGCUCCAUUGAAGAAUUGGAUUCUGUGUGCAUUGAUAUUCCAGGGGUCAAGAUUUUCAGGUUUCCUGCCAAUGCAUUUUGCUCCAUGUGGUUAAGGAAUUUCAUGGAGCAGGAGCUUGCAAAGAAAUUUAUAUUUUUGAAUGAAUACUGGGAAGGCACUGGUGAAAUUGUAGCUCUGCUAGCUCGUUCAGGCCUCAUAACUAGCAGGUCUGAUAAAAUGACAAUGGAGGAUUAUUCUGCUGAGAUUUCAUCUGAUCUCAAUAUCACAGAUGAUGGAAGGUUUCAUGUUGUCCGCAUGGAAGCUUUGCAUAAAUUACUCGUACAUUACUGUGUGCAAUAUAGCUUGCCAAACCUUUUGGACCUUUACCUUGACCAUCACAAAUUGGUUCUAGAUAAUGAUUCGCUUGGUUCAUUGCAAGAAGCUGCAGGUGAUUGUCAAUGGGCAAAAUGGUUGCUUUUAUGUAUGAUUAAGGGGCAUGAAUAUGAUGCAUCAUUCUGCAAUGCUCGAACAAUAAUGUCACCUAAUUUAGUUCCUGAUAGCAACCUCAAUGCUCUGGAGAUCGAUGAAAUAAUUCAUACUGUUGAUGAUAUAGCGGAAGGUGGGGGUGAAAUGGCAGCUUUAGCAACUCUAAUGUAUGCCACUGACCCAAUACAAAAUUGCUUGAGUAGUGGUAGUGUGAAAAGGCACGGUAGCUCCUCAGCUCAGUGCACUUUGGAAAACCUCAGGCCCACUUUGCAGCAAUUUCCUACUCUGUGGCGCACUCUUGUUGCAGCAAGUUUUGGUCAUGACACAACUUCUAAUUUCUUGGGUCCUAAGGGAAAUAAAAAUGCUUUAGCAAACUAUCUAAACUGGCGUGACAACAUCUUCUUCUCCACUACACGUGAUACUUCACUUCUACAAAUGCUGCCGUGCUGGUUUCCUAAGGCUGUGCGGAGGUUGAUUCAGCUUCAUAUUCAGGGUCCUCUUGGUUGGCAGUCAGUGUCAGGUCUGCCUGCUGGAGAAACUUUGUUGUGCAGAGACUUUGAUUUUUUCAUGCAUGCUGAGGAACAUACAGAGAUAAAUGGUGUCUACUGGGAGGCAACUAUCCAAAAGCAUGUUCAAGAGGAACUCUACAAUUCUUCACUUGAGGAAACUAAACUUGGGCUUGAGCACCAUUUACAUCGUGGGCGUGCACUUGCAGCAUUUAACCAUAUCCUCGAUGUUAGAGCUCAAAAGUUGAAAUUAGAAGGCCAAUCUGGUGCUUCAUCACAUGGACAACGAAAUGUUCAGUCAGAUGUUCAGGCGCUUCUUGCACCUUUGACACAAAGUGAAGAGGCUGGUCUUUCAUUGGUCAUUCCACUUGCUAUUGCUCAUUUUGUGGAUUCUGUGUUGGUUUCAUCAUGCGCUUUUCUCCUGGAGCUUUGUGGUUUAUCUGCCAGCAUGCUUCAUGUGGAUGUUUCUGCCUUGAGGCGGAUAUCUUCAUUUUACAAAUCAAGUGAGAACAAUGAGAAAUAUAGCCAAAUUUCACCCAAAGGUUCUGCAUUUCAAGCGGUAUCACAUGGAGGUAAUGUGGUAGAGUCUCUAGCACGAUCACUUGCCGAUGAAUAUCUACACAAGGAUCGUGUAACUAACUCUAAGUUAAAGGGGACUUCAAAUUCAUUCGCUGGUAAACAAUCUUCAAGAGCUCUCAUGCUAGUCCUGCAGCAUUUGGAGAAAGCUAGUCUUCCACUAAUGAUGGAUGGAAAGACUUGUGGAUCUUGGCUACUGACUGGUAUUGGCGAUGGAACUGAAUUAAGAGAGAAACAAAAAGUAGCAAGCCAACACUGGAAUUUAGUUACACUCUUCUGUCAGAUGCAUCAACUUCCCUUAAGCACAAAGUAUCUUACUGUUUUAGCGAGAGACAAUGAUUGGGUUGGAUUUCUGUCUGAAGCUCAGAUUGGAGGAUACCCUUUUGAUUCAGUUGUCCAAGUAGCAACCAAGGAGUUCAGUGAUCCACGUCUCAAAAUUCAUAUAUUAACAGUCUUAAAAGGCAUGCAGUCGAGAAAGAAAUCUGGUUCUCCAGCAUAUACAUAUACUGGGGAAAGUGGGAGUGAAACUCACUGUUUCCAGGAAGACAUGCUUAUUCCUGCUGAGCUCUUUAGAAUUUUAGCAGACUGUGAGAAGCAGAAAAAUCCUGGAGAGUCUCUCUUGAAGAAAGCAAAGGAGAUGUCUUGGUCAAUUUUGGCAAUGAUUGCAUCGUGCUUUCCUGAUGCGUCUCCCUUGUCCUGCCUAACAGUUUGGCUGGAAAUCACCGCAGCAAGGGAAACUUCAUCCAUCAAGGUGAAUGACAUUGCAUCCCAGAUUGCGGAUAAUGUUGAAGCCGCUGUGGAAGCUACGAAUUCCCUGCCAGCAGGUAGCAGGGUCUUAACAGUUCAUUACAAUCGGCAGAAUGCAAAACGUAGGCGGCUUAUGGAGCCAAUGUAUGUGGAUUCAUUGGUUGCCAUCGAUGAUGUUUCAACUACUUAUGGUGGUGCAACAAGACCUGCUUCCCAAGGCGCAGUUGCUGAAGAGGAAAGAAAAGUAGAUUUUGGUGAAAAAAAUGUUUCAAGUGAUUCUGAUGAAGGACCUGUGUCUCUCUCUAAGAUGGUGGCAGUGCUUUGUGAACAACAGUUGUUUCUACCUUUGCUGAGAGCUUUUGAAAUGUUCCUUCCUUCAUGUUCUUUUCUACCUUUCAUCCGUGCACUUCAGGCAUUUUCUCAAAUGCGCCUGUCUGAAGCUUCAGCCCAUCUAGGUUCCUUUUCUGUCAGGAUAAAGGACGAACAAACCAGUAUGCAGGCAAACAUAGGAAUUGAAGGGCGGGUCAGAACUUCAUGGAUAAGCUCGACUGCUGUAAAAGCUGCCAAUGCCAUGCUUUUAACUUGUCCAUCUCCUUAUGAAAAAAGAUGUUUAUUACAACUUCUUGCUGCUACGGACUUCGGUGAUGGCGGAUCUACCGCAACAUACUAUCGACGACUUUACUGGAAAAUCAAUUUAGCCGAGCCUUCACUGCGGAAGGAUGAUGCUCUACAUCUUGGAAAUCAGGCUCUAGAUGAUGCUUCACUUUUAGAAGCACUGGAAAAGAAUGGGCAUUGGGAGCAAGCACGUAACUGGGCCAGGCAGUUGGAUGCCAGUGGUGGACCUUGGAAAUCUGCUGUUCACCAUGUUACUGAAAUUCAGGCUGAAUCCAUGGUAGCUGAGUGGAAGGAGUUCCUUUGGGAUGUCCCAGAAGAGAGAGUUGCUUUAUGGGGCCACUGUCAGACACUGUUCAUCAGAUAUUCCUUCCCUCCUUUACAGGCUGGGUUAUUUUUCCUUAAACAUGCUGAAGCUGUUGAGAAAGAUCUUCCAGCGAGAGAGCUUCAUGAAUUGCUGCUGCUUUCUCUUCAGUGGUUAAGUGGGAUGAUAACUCUGUCCAAUCCAGUUUAUCCAUUGCACCUUCUGCGAGAAAUUGAGACUAGAGUAUGGCUCUUGGCAGUAGAAUCAGAAGCUCAGGCAAAGAGUGAUAGAGACUUUACUACAACCACUUCCAGUGGUGAUCCUGUUAUUGGAAAUGCUUCCAAUAUCAUUGACAAGACAGCAAGUUUAAUAACAAAGAUGGACAAUCAUAUCAAUACAAUGAGAAGCAGAACUGUAGAAAAACAAGAUGCAAGGGAAAAUAACUUGGCACAGCACAAAAACCAAGUAUUGGAUUCCAUCACACAGACAGCUGGGGGUAGUACAAAGACUAAACGGAGGGCCAAAGGCAAUGUGCUAUCACGACGACCAUUAAUGGAGCCCAUAGAUAAAAGUACUGAGCCUGAAGAUUGUUCCACUAACUUCAUUUCUAGAAUUGACUUGCCAUUGCUAGAUGAAAACUUAAAGAUAGAAAUGUCUUUCUCGAAGUGGGAGGAAAGGGUUGGACCUGCAGAGCUGGAAAGAGCUGUUCUUUCUUUACUGGAGUUUGGACAAAUAACAGCUUCCAAGCAACUUCAACAUAAGCUGUCUCCAGCACACACUCCUCCUGAAUUUAAACUUGUUGAUGUUGCUCUAAAGCUUGGAGCAAUAACAACCCCUGGAAGCAAAAUAUCCAUAUCAAUGCUUGAUGAGGAAACAUGUUCUGUUGUCAAGUCAUAUAAUAUAUUAACCGAGAAGCAUCUGCUUGAUCCACUGCAGGUCUUGGAGAGCUUAGCAACAAUUUUUACUGAAGGGAGUGGACGCGGACUGUGUAAGAGAAUUAUAGCAGUUGUAAAAGCUGCAAAUGUCUUGGGUCUUUCUUUCUUGGAGGCAUUUGAUAAGCAGCCAAUCGAAUUGCUUCGGUUGCUUGCUCUUAAAGCACAAGAAUCAUUUGAAGAAGCAUCUCUCAUGGUGCAAACUCAUUCCAUGCCAGCUGCUAGUAUUGCUCGAAUUCUUGCAGAAUCCUUUCUCAAGGGUCUACUGGCUGCGCAUCGUGGGGGAUAUAUGGAUUCUCAGAAGGAGGAAGGACCUGCUCCUCUAUUAUGGAGAUUUUCUGACUUCUUAAAGUGGGCGGAGCUUUGCCCUUCUGAACCUGAAAUUGGUCAUGCGUUGAUGCGUUUGGUGAUUACUGGACAGGAAAUACCACAUGCCUGUGAGGUUGAGCUUCUUAUCCUGUCACACCACUUCUACAAAUCAUCAGCAUGCCUUGAUGGAGUUGAUGUUCUUGUAGCCCUUGCUGCAACCAGGGUGGAAGCUUAUGUGUCUGAGGGUGAUUUUCCAUGUUUGGCUCGCCUGAUAACUGGAGUAGGAAAUUUCCAUGCCCUUAAUUUCAUUCUUGGCAUUCUCAUAGAAAACGGUCAGCUGGAUCUUCUUCUUCAGAAAUAUUCAGCUGCUGCGGAGACAAAUGUGGAAACUGCUGAGGCAGUCAGAGGAUUUCGAAUGGCUGUUCUUACAUCACUGAAGCAUUUCAACCCUGAAGAUCAUGAUGCGUUUGCUAUGGUCUAUAACCACUUUGACAUGAAGCAUGAAACUGCUGCUCUUUUAGAGUCACGAGCAUGGCAGUCUUCUGAGCAGUGGUUUCGCCGUUAUGACAAGGACCAAAAUGAAGACCUCCUUGAGUCCAUGCGAUAUUUCAUUGAAGCAGCUGAAGUUCACUCUUCCAUUGAUGCUGGCAAUAAAACUCGCGGAGCAUGUGCUCACGCAUCCCUUGUUUCCCUGCAAAUUCGAAUGCCAGAUUGCCAGUGGCUGAACUUGUCUGAAACCAAUGCCAGGAGAUUGUUGGUUGAGCAAUCCUAUUUCCAGGAGGCCUUAAUUGUUGCUGAAGCUUAUGGUCUUAACCAGCCAAGUGAGUGGGCACUGGUACUUUGGAAUCAGAUGUUAAAACCAGAACUAAUUGAAGAGUUUGUUGCUGAAUUUGUGGCUGUGCUUCCACUUCAGCCUUCAAUGCUUGUUGAAUUGGCUAGAUUCUACAGAGCUGAGGUAGCAGCCAGAGGUGACCAAUCCCAAUUCUCAGUUUGGCUGACUGGAGGUGGCUUACCUGCAGAAUGGGCUAAAUAUCUGGGGAGAUCGUUCAGAUGCUUGUUAAAGAGGACACGGGAUUUGAGGUUAAGGGUGCAGUUGGCCACCAUUGCAACUGGUUUCAAUGACAUCAUUGAUACAUGUAUGAAUGCAUUGGAUAAGGUUCCUGACAAUGCUGCACCACUAGUCCUCAGGAAAGGGCAUGGCGGUGCCUACCUCCCCUUGAUGUGAAAAUGGAAGCAACACUGAACUUGAUUAUGAUGGCUGGUGGUGGAAAAUAUUGGUGAUAGCAGCAGGAUGCUAUAUCCUUGUAAUGUCUUGUGAAGCACCGGAAAUUGACACAGUUGUAAAUUAGCUUAGCGAAAGAGUUUGAAAGGGUACUUUACUUUUCCAACUUAGAUUGAACAGGCUAGGUGAUUCAGAAUGGUGGCUUGAAGAAGUAAAGAAUAUACGUAGAUCAGCUCAAUUAGUUUAUACAACUGAAGCAGUGUAAAUUGGUUUGGUUCUUUUUGCGGUUUGGUGGUGUGCUAUUGGGGACAUGUUUAGUUUUUAUUUCCCUUUGAUGCCAUGAGCGAGGCCAAGUCAUUUUUGUAACGAAUGUACAAUAUGUCAAUAUUCCUGGUUCAAUAUAAAAUUGCAAUUUUUUUUUUUUUU